AUGAACUUACAUUCCAUCCACACUAAGAAUUUCUACGAUCUCCCUAGGGGUAUAGCAGUGAAUAUUUUUAGUUUUCUCCCCCUGACCGCUCUCCUCGGUGCUCAAUUGGUCAGCAAACGUUUCUACGUCCUCACAAACGGAAAGGAAUUCAAGCAUUGUUUUUUCCUCUCGUCCCCACCAUUAUCGUCCCUGUUACCAAGCACGGAAGUAUUUCUUCAUCCAGUCUUCGGCAGACUUAACUUUUCCGCCUACCACUCUCCGAAAGUCAUCAGGAUUGGGGAUGAUCUUGAUAGUCUCAGCCUCUACAAAGCGAAAGUCGGCAAGCAGUUUGCAACCUAUCCCGCCUUGAAGAAUGUAGUUCUCAGGGUGCUCUCAGGGGGAAUUUGGUCGUUUUCGACAGAAAUUAAAGUGGAGAAUGAUGAUGGGGUUACUGUAUGGGACGUUAUCAAUGAGUCUACAACCUUCUUCAAGAGUUACACCAAGGUUAGCUUCGCAGACCAUUUUGGUCUUGAUGUCUGUGAAGAGCGUGGCUACGAUCCUAAGGUUCUUAUGCAGAACUAUGACUUCCUCGAUCCUAUGAUGUCCUUCCCAAAAAUCUUAUUCCUUGAUCGUAACAGCAAAAACACAAUUAUUGCUGAUUAUGACUUCAACAAGUUUGCAUCUCUACCACUCAUCAAACGUCCGGCAGAUUGGGAUAUUGGUGAUAAUUAUACUGGUGAAAACGGCCAGGCAAUAGAGGUGCAAGAGGCUUAUGAAAUUACGUCAUGUAUAGGUAGUGGCGAGGAUGGGGAGUUGGUAAACGCUCAGGAGAAGGAAAAAUUUGGAGAGACUGAUUUAAACAACAAUGAAAGGAGGAAAGAACUAUCUGCUUCCGCAUUACGUACUGCUGGAACCGAGUCUAUGGAUACAGCUGAUGGGGGCGAGAAGGAUAUGGCCUUGGAAUCUUUAGGUGGUGCCUCCACUCAGAUUGAGAAUACGGCAACAGUUCUUGAGAGCCUUGCCCUCGAUGACCACAAAAUGCAAGACGAGGCGAUCCAAGUUGAUCUCACCCACGAAAAGAAAGUUCUAUCGCCUAUCCGGGAUGACAUAGAUGAGCCUAGUACUCUAGAUAUUACGCUUCCUCAAACCCUCCAUACACCAAAAACCGACCUCCCUGAUCUUAAAAUUGACGCUGGCAACGAGGACGAUGACAAUCUCGACAUCGCAUCAGGCAAAACCUGGACCGUUAUGGAGGAGGAAUCGGACGAUUGGGAAGAUGCAUUUGCUUAA